AUGAAAAACAAAUUCUUAAUGAACAACAUCGCCCUUCCACUCGAGGACUUUGUCUCAGUUCUCGGUGUAGACAGUGGUCUAAGAUUUAACAGACACGUCAUUAGAAUCAGCAAAUCAGCUUCUUUGAAGGUGAUAGCCCUUCGACGCAUAUCUCACCUCCUGAAUCCCCAGGGAAUUCUCACGCUAUACAAGGCCCAGAUCAGACCACAUCUAGAAUAUGCCUCGUUGGCCUGGUCGUCUACUGCGCCCACCAGCCUCAACAGGCUGGAUAAAAUAGAAAAACGGGCUCUCGGGCUGUUCAAGGAAGCCACCAAACUUCACCGCAUCGACGCGCUGGAACAUCGUCGCGACGUCGGGGCUCUAACGGUGCUCCACAGGGCUCAGGUGCAUCUAACCAGCCUCCGUCUCCCACCCCACGGCCGAGAGAGAAGUACGAGGACGGUACACUUAAUGGCUCCUGGUGGAAGUUCCGAGGUCGCGGUCUAG